GAGCUGAGUGUGUGCUGAAAGGGGAACUGAUCAGUCAGAUGCGCUGCUGCUCUCAGCAUGUGUGAGAGAGGUAUGGCCAAGAGGGAGGGGCCACACAUACCACACAAAACGGGGGAUAAAUAAGUGUGAGACCCCUGAAAGGAGGCGAUCAGUCACAAAACAAGAUCUCGUCGGGUCGGGUGCUGUCACUGAAGCUGGAUCUGUUCCACAAUGCUGGCUCUUAUUUCUUCGGUUCUUCUGGCAUCGAUUUUGAAGACAUGCACCAGUGCAGACUGGUGCUACCAAAUCCAGGUGACCUGUGAGUCACAUUGCAAAGGACCAGAUUUGUGGCAUGAGGCGCACAGGGAGUGCAUGAGCCACAGACAGUCUCCCAUUAACAUUGUGACCAAGAAAACAAGGCUGGACCCUCGUCUCACACCACUCGAAUUCAGCGGUUACCAGGAGGCCUUCAGUGGAAUUCUGAAAAACAAUGGGCAUUCUGUGACGGUAUCUGUGCCUCACAUGGCCACAGUGGGCGGAGGGGAUCUCAGAGCCACCUACAAAGCCGUGCAGUUCCAUUUCCACUGGGGAGAAAAUGGCGGCCCCGGUUCUGAACACACAAUUGAUGGAGAACAGUACCCCAUGGAGCUGCAUAUUGUGCAUAUGAGACAAGACUUCAGCACUUUACAAGACGCUCUGAAGGCCCCAAGUGGAGUAGCAGUGCUGGGAUUCUUCUAUGAGGAGUCAAGAAGUUCAAACCGAAAAUAUGACGGAUUCAUAGAAGCUCUGAAUAAGGUGGAACAUACAAAUGACAACACAACUAUUCGUAGCAUCUCCUUGAGCAACCUCAUACUCUCUGAGGGGAACAUGACCAAGUACUACCGUUACAAUGGCUCUCUAACCACCCCUCCAUGCACCGAGGCAGUGGUAUGGACCGUGUUUGAAAAUCCCAUCCCGCUCAGCAAAGACCAGCUGUCAGCAUUCUCCAACUUGAAGUUCCAUAAUAAUACGCCCAUGGUGAAAACAUUCAGACCAGUGCAGCCACACAAGGGUCGUUUCGUGCACCGGUCUGGAAGUGCGGUGCUUUUGGCCAGCUUCACUCUCCUCCUGGUGGGUGUUAUUUCAGCUCUGGGUCUUUCCCAGCCCAACUAGAGCAGGUCAAAGCACCAGCCAAGCCCCAGCCAGGACCACCACCGCGCAUGAACACAAUGAGUUCUCAUCAAAUCAAAAAGCCAACGAAACAAAAGCCAAAUGGAGGAAGUAGUCGACAGCCACUUCUCAGCUUCUUUUUCUGAGAUUUCAGUGAAUGCACUCUGUUGUUAGUGUUUUUUUUCUUUCGGGCUUCAGUCUUGGAGGUGAGACUUGAUUUUUGAGCAGGGAAAUGAACGACUCGUGACAUGGCAGUAUUGUGCAUGGCUUGACUAGAAAGAGCUAUCAAUAGAAACCCAGCUAAGUCCCACAGUGGAGCGCUGGAGAGGUUAUAAAUGCAUGGCCUUUAUCUAUCCGAGGCACAGCCAAGUCAAGGGACUCUCUCUUACACACGCAAACACUGGUCAGCAUGUGGCCAUUCCUCUAUCAACACAGUGCAGCUAUAUUUAUAGCAUAGAGGCAUUUUGGCCCACAAUUUAUAACAUAGGACACACAAGGCUAGUGAAUGAACACCUUCCUGGGCUGUUUUGAGUUUUAGUGUUACCUUCUGAGAGUCAAGGAUAGGGGCACUCCUGCCAAAAUGAACAAUAUAACUAUUAAUACAUUUGUUGUAAACAUGCCUACUCACCUCUUUCUGUCCCAAAAGCCCAUAUUGUAAGAUUAUUCCAGUUUAAGGACUAGGUAACCCCCCUUCUGAUGAGGAAUCUUGCAGGUGAAUCGAAGUGCUUUGGGCUUGAUUUUUGGGGUGGACUACUUGAAUUGUUUUGUCUUUUUAACAUGCUAACUUAAAAGUAAGCCAGAGAGCUAACAUUACUGCUAGGAAGCUAAAUAAGCUGUAUUUAUCAGCCUCUACGUCAGUAGCAUACAGUAUUUAUUCAAUUAUGAAGUAUUUGCAUAAUGCAUGCUGGGAAUUGUAGUGACCAGCCAGAAAAGUCACAAAAAGGAAAAGAUCUCAUACAUUUGUCAAAUCAGUGAGGCUGAGGAUUGCAGUGUUGCACUACAGAAUACAUAACAUGACAAAUAACUUAUUAAAUACUAGUUUCACCCCAGAAUGCCCCUUUAAUAGUGUAGAGGUCAGUGGUCAGGUAUGUGGUCAUGCACUGCUUCUCCUUCUUACUCUACUUUUCCAACCACAUACAUGUUUCACUCUUCGAGUGUAGCCUUCAAGACUAAAUACAUACAUAAAAUGACAGACAAUAGUUAUUAUAUAUUUAUGUAAUUUGUAUAGUAGGUUAAUGACAAUGCGAUCUGCAACGUGAACUAUAAUAAUGCUAACAUGAUAAAAUUAGAAAAUAUGGACCACAAUUUUUCAGACCAAACAGCACCCAGCAUGUUUGCUAUCCAAUCUCUCCCUGUUGGGCUUCCAUCUUAGCAUUGAGAUCUUCAUGAAUCUAGAUUAUAUUACUAAGCAGUGUCACCUGUUAGUCUGUUAGUGAAACCCUUUUUGUACAGUUCAGCACAUCUAAUUCAUUCUCUACCCCAGAUAAAGUGGCUGAGUCUUUUGUGUUGGGUAUAAUGAUAGGAACACAUGACCUGUGUUCAUGUUCUGCUUUCUUUGGGUCUCGGAUGCACUGAAUGUGAAUGUACUGUGAGUCUACGGCCCAUAUUCUACUCUCACAGUUGGUUGAGACUUGGCGGAGAAAGGGCAAAGAAGACCAAACCAUAUCAAGAUGCACAAUUUUGUUAUCUAUUUUUUUAAAACGUGUAAUUUUGUGCACGUUUAAUGUAUUUAAGUUUGCGUAUGUUAAUAUGCAAGACACUGUACUGAUUUGGCUUCUGUUCUAUGUACUGAUGUUUGAACUUUGCAGGUGAAAUUCAGUGUUAAAUUCCAUGAAAAUUGAAGAAAAUGGGAACUAUAACCAGUUUUUGAUUUACUUCAUGGAAGAUAGAAACCCACACACACACACACACACACACACACAUAUAUAUAUAUAUAUAUUGUUUUUUUAUCAACCGAAUGUGAUAGUAUUUCUGCAGGUAAUGUUCUAAUGUGAUCACAAGAAAUAUAGAGAAUGUGUUCCAGUCCAAUAAUAAACUACUGUAUUGCCUUUUUA